GUCGUUGUUGUUGUUGGUGAGACUGGUUCUGGUAAGACAACCCAGCUUGCGCAAUUCUUGUACGAAGACGGCUACUGCACCUACGGUAUCAUCGGAUGUACGCAGCCUCGGCGCGUCGCGGCAAUGUCUGUUGCCAAGCGUGUCAGUGAGGAGAUGGAGUGUAAAUUGGGAGCUACUGUCGGGUAUGCCAUCCGAUUUGAGGACUGCACGUCGCCAGAGACCAAAAUC